GGAGGCAGGCUGGAGCAGGGGAGGUGCCUGAUAGAGAGCUGUUGAAGAUGCGCUCCUCUCACUGCCUCCGUCGGUUUCUACAGACAAACACAUCCCGGUGCUGUUCAUCAUGAAUGCUGUUCAUAAUCGAUAAUAAUUCAUCGUGCACGGCUCGUUUAUUUCGUGCAUUUUUUUUAUUUUUUACAUGUUAUGAUGAGCGUGCAUUUGAAUCGCUGCAUGGUCACGUGCGCAGUGCUGUUCCGAUUGUUUUUAUUAUGUUGUUGUUUACAUCUGUCUUUAAGAUGCACCGUACAUGCCGAGGACAUUCAUACGGAUGAACGCUGGCAUGGACACUCAUCUCGUAUCCAUGACAACACGGAGCACUUUAUCACUUAUCCACAGUGGAUCAGCCCUGCCAGAUAUAAAAGAUCUCACGAGGGCACUAAGCAUCCAUCUGAGGCGGAUGUCAAAAUUACUGUGGGAGGGGAUGAUCUGAUUCUACAACUCCGGAGAAAUGAGGAGCUGUUCUCCUCUGAAUAUCAGGAGAUAUGGUACAAUCCGAAUGGAGACCGUCAGUUUUCCAGGCCUUCCAACAGGGAUCACUGUUAUUAUCAUGGCUCAGUCAAAGGGAUCCAGGGGUCAAGUGUGGUCAUCAGCACCUGUGCAGGACUCAGGGGCAUGAUCACAGUCAAUAACAGCGUGAGCUACAUGAUCACACCACUAGCUAACCAAACACACUCUCAGGAACAUGCCGUAUUCAACGCUCAGAGCCUGAAACUGCCAGUGGGCACCUGUGGACAAUACCAUGGAGACGGGAAACAUUCGGAAAGCCUUCAAGAGUUGAUUGAUGUCAUGGCAAAUCCUCAGCAGACCAAAAGGGAAAGAAGGGAUGUCAGGAGUAGCAUGAAAUACGUAGAGCUGAUGGUGGUGGCUGACCAUGCAGAGUUUGUGAAGCACGGUCGGGACCUUGAAAAGACCAAAACAAAGCUGCUUGAAGCGGCUAACUUUGUGGAUAAGUAUUACAAAUCACUGAAUAUCCGUGUGGCCCUGAUCCGGUUGGAGAUCUGGAAUGAUCAAGACAAGAUCACUGUGACCAACAACCCCUACAGCACCCUGGGUGCAUUUCUGGCCUGGAGGAGGAAACAGCUGCCUCAGCUGCCCAAUGACAACGCUCAGCUAGUAACGGGUGUUUCUUUUAAGGGCACCAUCAUUGGUCUGGCUCCCCUUAAAGCCAUGUGUUCUGAAUACCAGUCUGGUGGAGUCAAUUCGGACCACUCUAGCAGUGCUGUGGGGGUUGCUGCCACCAUGGCUCAUGAGAUGGGGCAUAACUUUGGGAUGAGCCAUGAUAGUCCAGGUUGCUGUCUCUCUCAGCCUAAGGAUGGAGGCUGCAUUAUGGCUGCUGCCACAGGGGAUCCGUUCCCUCGUGUCUUCAACCCCUGCAAUCAGAAAGAGCUGAAGCGCUACCUGAGCUCCGGUGGAGGGAAGUGUUUGUUCAACCCUCCCAACACCAGGGUCAUGUACGGGGGUCAGCGCUGUGGAAACGGAUACCUGGAGGAAGGAGAAGAGUGUGAUUGUGGGGAAGUGGAGGAUUGCUCAAGUCCCUGUUGUAAUGCCAACAACUGCACGCUGAAGAUCGGAGCUGAGUGCGCACAUGGAGUUUGCUGUCAUGAGUGCAAGCUGAAGAGUCCAGGAGUGAUGUGCCGUCCACCUUCAGGCUCCUGUGACCUGCCUGAGUACUGUGAUGGGAAAUCAGAGUCCUGUCCUGCUAACUUUUACCUGGGGGAUGGCAGCAGUUGCGCAGGUGGCAGUGCCUACUGUUACACGGGAAUUUGUCUGACGCUGGAGCAGCAGUGCCUCUCUCUCUGGGGCAAAGAUGGCCGUCCUGCUCCUGAUCUUUGCUUUACUGAGGUAAAUAAAGCAGGUGAUCCCUAUGGAAACUGUGGCAGUUUCAUGGGUACAUACAGGAAAUGCACUGAAAGUAAUGCUAAAUGUGGGAAGAUUCAGUGCCUGAGCGCUGCCAGCAAGCCUUUAGAAUCCAACGCCGUCUCCAUAGACACCAACAUCCAGAGCGGUCAAGAGAAGAUCCUGUGCAGAGGGACACAUGUGUACCAGCGCGGUCAGGGUAAAGAGGACCAGAGUGACACCCUAGACCCGGGCCUGGUUCAGACUGGGACCAAAUGUGGGGAGAAUGCGAUCUGUUUUGAAGGCGAAUGUCGCAAUGUGUCCUUCCUGCAAGCUGAUGAAUGCAGUUCCAAAUGUCAUGGCCAUGGUUUUUGUAAUAAUAACCACAACUGUCACUGUAACUCGGGUUGGGCGCCACCGUUUUGUGAGAAGUCGGGUUCAGGAGGAAGUUUGGACAGUGGACCGGUGAUCGCACACAGCAAUCUUUAUCUUGUCCUGGUUCUCCUGAUCCUGUUUUGCCUUCUGGGAUUGGCUGUGAUAAGUGUCUUUUGGUGCUGCUGCAAACAUAAGCUCCUCCCCACCAAAAGCCCCACCCUUCCUGCUACCCAAAUAUGCAUCAAUGUUCCAGACACCCUUGAGACUAAAAGUCACACAACAGGUCACGCCAACCCAGUGUUCCGGCCAAAGAAAGCACAUGCUGAUGAACAGGCUAGUCCUCGAGCGAGUCCAACAGGUCCGCCAAGAACCAGACAUUCUGUCGUUCGACCCACUGUGAAACCACCUCCAAUCCCAGCCUACGCUGCACACAAGCAGAGUUUACAACAUUCAGAGCCGUCCCAGCAUUCUCCAUCAGCACCACCCAAACCAAGACCACUACCACCCAACAGACCCCCUCCACCCUGUCCCAUAACCAAACCCUCCCGGGGUGCAGAGAUGCUACCUAAGAAUGGCCUGCCAGUGUCUCCAGCCAUGUUGCUGAAAGGGAAAUCCAAUCUGAUGCCCCCUACUGGGCCCUUCCAAAAUGUCAGGUUCCAAAAGGAAGUUUCUGGAAAGAGCUGAAUCGCAGUGAAGCUCAAUGGAGCGAUAUAUCGAUCAACUCUGCACCUUUAAGAUGUCCUUAAGAGUGACCAAUCAAACUGCCUCACUCCCUUAUUGACUAGAACACAGAACUUUCUUCAGGGGGUGCAGUUCCACUACUCCUGUGCCAGACGUUGCAUUUGCUUUUUUUUGUCUACUUAUUACAGAGACCGCAGAGAAAAGAAAAACAAAAAACUAUGAAGUAUGGCAUUAUAAUCUAAUAAGAGCAUGGGUCAUCUGAAUGAAUAUUUUGCAAAAAGAAUAUGAAAUGUACAUUUAUGCACGCAUAGUAACAGUAGUAAGUACAUUAUAUUCAUAGAAUGAACUGGAAAAUGGGAGCAGAUCUGUCCAGUCAUGAACUAACUUGCACAGUCAGUUCAAUUUAGUUCAGUACUAUAGUUAAUCUGUGUCUGGGAAACAGCUCUAGAAAGGAAUAUCCAAAAAAUAAAUAAAUACAUAAAUUCAAAAAUAAUCAAGAAGAUUGUUGUGAUAGCAAUAUUAAUUCAAAAACUCAUAUGAAUUGUAUAGCACUGUCUUAUUUUUUAGGUUGAAUUCUGUGUAGUCAUAUAAUAUGUACUGUAUUAAACAUAAAAAAGGUUGUUUGUGAUGAUGCUGGACAAGAAGGGUUUCAAAUUAUAUAUGGUGCUUUCUUUUUGAUUUCUUAAAGAAGAGAAACAAAUAUUGUUUAAAUAAAAUUUUAGAUAACGCUCGAUUAAAUGUACUGUUUAACACAGAUAUUAACCCAGGGAAUAUAUUCAGGUUUAAAUAACCUGUAAACAUGUACUUGUGUAUCUUAAGUUUAUUAUUAUUAGUAGUAUUUUUUAUUUUUUACCGUGUCAGUCAUUUUGGAAAAAAUGCUCUUGACAAUUCUUUAUAAUUUCUCCUUGCAUAAUGUUUUUUAGAUCUAUGACCAAUGUGGUUUUCCGUCAGAUUUUUCAUGUUGUAGUUAUUCAUACUGUUAAGUUUUAAAAUGUAAUGGUGCCUUAAAAUUGAGUUUACAUGAAUGUUAUUUUAUUGAUAAUGUUUAUCACAGUAAUAUUUAUGUAUUGUGAAUGUAAAGAACAAGAGCCACUGUCAUUUCAUUUGGCUUAAAUUUUAGUUUCUUUAUUAAAAAAUAAAAAGGUUGUCCUAUGCAAAAUGUUGUAAUUCGGUGCCUUCCAUAUGACGUUAGAAAUAAAUGUUCUUUUUAUCUUGAAUCUUUAUUUGAUUAAUCUUACAGGUGCAUCUCAAAUUAGAAUGUCGUGGAAAAGUUCAUUUAUUUCAGUUAUUCAACUCAAAUUGUGAAACUUGUGUAUUAAAUAAAUUCAUUGCACACAGA